GUCCAACGUCGUUUGUUUUGGUGUCAGAGUCCUCUCUCUUGCCUUGUCUUGUUUAAUGGAAUUUUGCAUUUGCUGACUUUGUCGACGGGGGCGUACGUCGCCUGAUUGGCCUUUGCGUUUGUAUGAAGUUAGACGAGAGCCUAUCCAGAUUGUUCGUCAGGAAACCUAGCCGGGCUUGUCGAGCUCUAUCUGUCAGUUGAGUGGAAUAUUCAGAGUUACAACUAUCCAAAAUGAGUUCCAUUGCACCUCAUGGAACGAAUCUACCUCAGUCUAAGUCCAAAAAAUCACUCAGACUUCAGAUGUUCAUGCCGGAGAGUUUAGUCCCUGUAUUUCUUUUUGUUGUGGCAAUACCUAUUUCAAUGUUAAUGUGGAUCGGUCACUUGGCCUUCUCAUUUUUCAAAGAAACUUCCCGGCUUGAUUCUGAUUUAGCAGUUGUUCCGCCUACAAGAUGGUUAGCCUCUACACUGAUUCCUUUAGUUAUUGUAUUGCAUGCUUUACGGAAGAAGCAAGUCAGCACGAGUGGAGCAGCUCUUGGUUCAGUUAUUGCCUUUAUUCUGUCACUGGCAAGCUAUUCUUUCUUGGCCUGCCUUAUUGCAUUUUUCUUUUCCUCAUCAAAAGCUACAAAAUUUAGACAAGAGAAAAAAAAGAAGUUAGAGGAACAUUUUAAAGAAGGUGGUCAAAGAAAUUGGGUUCAAGUUUUGUGCAAUGGAGGGAUGGCUGCACAACUAUCUUUCCUUUAUAUUCUUGAUUUAGGAUGUGGCGAACGACCCAUCAACUUUGUUGAUGAUUACCGAGGCUCUUGGCUUAACCUUGGUGUUCUAGGAGCUUUUGCCUGCUGUAACGGUGAUACGUGGGCAUCUGAACUUGGUACUGUUGUGGGGAAAGCUGACCCAUAUUUGAUCACAUCCUGGAGAAAGGUGCCUAGAGGGACAAAUGGUGGUGUUACCAUAGGUGGCCUAAUUUUCUCAGCAGCCGGAGGUGCUUUAGUUGGAGUUUUUCAUUAUUUAGCUACAAUAAUAUUCAUAGACUCUCAACAAUUAGUCUUAUCACCACCUCAAUGGCCCCUCAUUCUUGCUGGAGCACUGGCAGGUUUCUUUGGAAGUUUGCUUGAUUCUAUCCUUGGAGCUUCAUUGCAAUAUUCUGGUGUGGACGAGAGAACUGGAAUAGUGGUCGAAAGGAGUGGUAAAGGUGUUCGUCACAUCAGUGGUAUCCGCUUUCUUGACAAUCACUGUGUUAACUUAAUUUCUUCCAUAACUAUUGGUCUUCUGACACCAAGACUAGCCAACAUAUUUUGGCCAACGGGAUACUGAUGAUUUUUCUUUUUGGAAUUUUCUUUUUGGCUCUUAGAUGCUGAAACUAUUUUUUCACUUAAUUUGUAAUGUUUCUCACAUUGUGAGAUUCAUUGCUAAUCCAUUUCUAAAUUUAGAGCUAUAAUUUCAGUUAACUGCUGCCCCAAGUUUUGAAGCAGUUUCUAGGAAACUGAAUAUGUAUCUAAUGUUAAGCCAUCAUCUCAAGAAGACUGCUUCCACUUCCUUCCUAAUGGUCCCAAGAUUUAGAACUUGUGCAAGUGUUGAGCAGUAUUUUAUGUUUCCUAAAAGAAUUAAACCACACUUGUAUUAGUUUAGUGGACCUGACAAUUGUCUGAUGCAGCGGUUAAAGUUAUUGUUAUUCCAUGUUUUACUUUUUAUGAAAAUAGACUUACUAUGUUUUUAUUAUCCUCAAUAAGGGACCUUAUCAUGUUAAGUUUUGUUUUUUACCUCUUAACAGACUGAGUUUUUGUGAGGUGCUUAUACUGCCACUGAAAAGUACCAGAGAUUUAUUUUCCCUCAAUUGGAAUUCUCCUAUAAUCGUAGUACUACAACAUGGCUCUCUUAACUGUCAUAUCCUGUACAGUUGUUAUUUAUGGUCAGCACCUGAUAUAUUCCUGCCAACAUUUUGAAGCUCUGCUUCAUAUCUGGUUUUCGUGGUCUCCCAUGUGAGGCAAAUCUAUAUUUUAUUCUGCUGUUCAUGUUUAAAAAUUUUAUAAAAAGAUUAUCCACAUGAUUAUUAUUCAGAACAAAGAUUUAUCUGAUUUAUAAAGUCUUGUGCAUGGCACCAUAGUUUUCAUACCUAAUUAUUGCCAUGUGUUCCCUUUGGCUUCUUGGCUGUGUUUUCUUAAUUUUAGUCAGAAACCUGGACUGAUGUGUUUUCCCUUCAAAAAUUGGCCAGUUGUCAUGGAUUAUUGAGAUGCUUUAUUUGUAUUCUCAACAUCUCAAUACCCAUUUUAAGUUUUUACCCAUAGUUUGUGAUUUUCUAGUCUUAAAAUUUGGAAUUGUACUUUAAAAUGUGUGAUUUGAUCUAAUAAAAUUCAGGAAUAAUGCCAAGUAUAAUUAGCUCACCCAUUUUUAAAUUAUUUUUGAAGUUUCUUGUAGUCAUGAUUUGCCUGCCUUGCUCAUUAGAAUACAUCUUUUUUUUUUUAUGUAUAAGUAAACAAUGCAUUUUGGUUGUGAACUGCUGUGCCCCUCAUACUCUUCAACUGUAUUCCAAAAACUACUAAGAUAAUGAAAAAGAUUAAAGGAUACAUCAUUCACUGGUA